AUGUUCCAGUAUCGGGGUCAUUCUGAGGAAGAGGGAGUGGAGGAAGGGGAGGGUAUGGGAGAGUGGGAGUUAGAGGGUGAGGAGAAGUUGCAGAGGAUGGAACGUGGGGCGAGGCGGAAGGAUGUGAGGCUGGGGGGAAUUGCUGUGAGGCGGGGAGGAGUUGCUGUGAGGCUGGGGGGAGUUGCUGUGAGGCUAGGGGGAAUUGCUGUGAGGCUGGGGGGAAUUGCUGUGAGGCGGGGGGGAGUUGCUGUGAGGCUGGGGGGAGUUGCUGUGAGGCUGGGGGGAGUUGCUGUGAGGCUGGGGGGAAUUGCUGUGAGGCUGGGGGGAGUUGCUGUGAGGCUGGGGGGAGUUGCUGUGAGGCUGGGGGGAAUUGCUGUGAGGCUGGGGGGAAUUGCUGUGAGGCUGGGGAGAGUUGCUGUGGGGCUGGGGGGAGUUGCUGUCAGGCUGGGGGGAGUUGCUGUGAGGCUGGGGGGAAUUGCUGUGAGGCUGGGGGGAGGCAUCCGUGUCACUGUUAUUGUUGCUGGCGCUUCUGCUGCUGCGGCUUCUCCUGCUGCUUAUCCUGCUGCUGCUGCUUCUCCUGCUGCUGCUGCUGCUGCUUCACCCCUCAUACUGAGCUCACUCGUCACAGUUGUCCCUGCUCCAAUCUGA